UCGCGCCUUCUGCGCUUCUCCUUCUCCUGAGCCCCUUCGGGGGCACCGGCCGGCGCCCUCGCUGCGUGACCGCGGGCUCCGGCCUGAUCGUGGGAUGUUAGCGGUGGGGGCGAUGGAGGGCACCCGGCAGAGCGCGUUCCUGCUCAGCAGCCCGCCCCUGGCCGCCCUGCACAGCAUGGCAGAAAUGAAGACCCCGCUGUACCCCGCCGCGUACCCCCCGCUGCCCACCGGCCCCCCCUCCUCCUCGUCCUCCUCGUCCUCCUCCUCGUCGCCUUCCCCGCCUCUGGGCGCCCACAACCCCGGCAGCCUGAAGCCCCCGGCCGCGGGGGGGCUCUCGUCCCUGGGCAGCCCCCCACAGCAGCUCUCGGCCGCCACCCCACACGGCAUCAACGACAUCCUGAGCCGGCCCUCCAUGCCCGUGGCCUCAGGGGCCGCCCUGCCCUCCGCUUCGCCCUCCGGCUCCUCCUCCUCCUCUUCCUCGUCCACCUCCGCUUCCUCCGCUUCGGCCGCCGCGGCCGCAGCUGCGGCCGCUGCCGCCGCCGCCUCAUCCCCAGCGGGGCUGCUGGCCGGCCUACCCCGUUUCAGCAGCCUGAGCCCGCCGCCGCCGCCGCCCGGGCUCUACUUCAGCCCCAGCGCCGCGGCCGUGGCCGCCGUGGGUCGGUACCCCAAGCCGCUAGCCGAGCUGCCCGGCCGAACGCCUAUCUUCUGGCCAGGAGUGAUGCAGAGCCCACCCUGGAGGGACGCACGCCUGGCCUGCACCCCUCAUCAAGGAUCCAUUUUGUUGGACAAAGACGGGAAGAGGAAACACACGAGACCCACGUUCUCGGGCCAGCAGAUCUUCGCCUUGGAGAAGACUUUCGAACAAACGAAAUACUUGGCGGGGCCCGAGAGGGCUCGCUUGGCCUAUUCAUUGGGGAUGACGGAGAGUCAGGUCAAGGUUUGGUUCCAGAACCGCCGGACCAAGUGGAGGAAGAAGCACGCAGCCGAGAUGGCCACGGCCAAGAAGAAGCAGGACUCGGAGACCGAGCGGCUGAAAGGGGCCUCGGAGAACGAGGAGGAGGACGACGACUACAACAAGCCCCUGGACCCCAACUCGGACGACGAGAAAAUCACACAGUUGCUGAAGAAGCACAAGUCCAGCGGCGGCGGCGGCGGCGGCCUCCUGCUGCACGCGUCCGAGAACGAGAGCUCGUCCUGAGCGCCCGCCGCCCGCCCGGCCUCCGGCUACACCGCGGGGACCGCGGGGACCGCGCGUCCCGUCUUCCCGCCCCUCGGGGC